UGCAGACCAGUAGCCUUAUUGCCUUCACUGGAUAGCAUCACAGAAACAGAGAGGAAGAGAGAGAGAGAGAGAGCAAGAAAGAGAGAGCGAAACACAGAUACAUAGAGACUGAGGGAGCUGUGGAAGUAGAACUGCUGGGAGUGAGAGAGAGAGAGAGAGAGAGAGAGAGAGCGCGGCAGAAAAAGAGAGAGAGGACAUAAAAAGCCAUCGCAGACCGCCACCCCACCUGAGAAGCUACCCAGAGACACCCAUAGGGCGUGGACCCACCGCAGGCAGACAAAUUUACUGUCCAACAGAGACGCAAACCCAUUUCACCUUGCCCUUGAGAAAGGGUUUGUGGGACAAGAGUGUGCGUGUGGGUGUGUGUGUGUGUGUGUGUGCGCGUGUGUGUGUAGGCUAGCACACGUGAGUGUGCGUGUGUGUUUGUGUGUGUUUGUGUGUGUGUGAGAGUGAGAUUGUGCGUCUGGGUACAUGCAUCUGACUGGGAGGGGUGGUUGAACCAUGCCUCCAGCGCAGUGUCAACAGAGAGGCUGUAGGGGGCAGCGCAGCGCCCUCAGCCACCAGCACCAGUUCCUCCGCCUGCUCUUCCUCGUCAUGGCGACGAGCUCUGUCCAGGGCUCCAUCAGUAUCCCCGAAGGCUACGAUAUGGGAGACAUGACCAGUUUGCCUCCUGUCAUCAUACAUGGAGCACAGCCUGCAUCAGUCUUAGCGUUCAGUCCAGAGGACAUCGCUCUGAAAUGUAAAGCAUCGGGCACACCUGAACCAAGCUAUCGCUGGGAGAAGGAUGGAAAGCUGUUUGCAGAGAUGGAGGGUGAUGGGACUCUGUUUGGGAACAAGUCUCUGCCGUUGGACUUCUACGAGGGAGAGUAUCGCUGCUAUGCCGCCAAUGAACUGGGUACAGUGGUGUCUGACCUGAUUACAGUCACAGCAGGCCACAUCCCAGUUAUGCCCAAAGAGAAGCAGACGUUUCGUAAGGUGGAGGGAGAGAGUCUAGUGAUGCCAUGUGACCCUCCACCCGACACUCCACCCUCACACAAGAUCUACUGGAUGGACCUGGACCUCAAGCACCUCGAAAUGAGUGAACGGGUCACCCCGGGUCUAGACGGCUACCUCUACUUUGCAAACGUGAUUCCCGGUGACGAGCGAAACGACUACACCUGUCAUGUUCGCUUUCAACACCACAUGAUAUCCAAGGAGCCAAUCACUCUCAGAGUGAACCAAAAUGCUUUGGCGGAAGAGCGCAAACCUCACAUUGCAAGGCCAGCAAAGGCCGACAGCUAUUACAUGGCUCUCAGGGGACAGAGCUUCAAUCUGGAGUGCAUCCCCUAUGGGCUACCCACGCCAACUGUUACCUGGAAACGAAAGGACGGUAACCAGGUAAAGGCCCUCAACACCAAAAACUAUGGCAGGUACCUGCAUUUUAAGAACAUCUCCUCGAGUGACGAUGGCGAGUAUGAGUGCAUCGCAGAGAACUUGGUUGGAUCCACCUCACACAGAUACACCCUCCAAGUGGAAGCGGCCCCGUACUUCACCAAGGAGCCCCAGAGUCUGAUGUACGCACCUGGGGAGACGGUGCGUCUGGAGUGCCAGGCUGAGGGCAUUCCUACGCCAGUGGUCACCUGGAGCAUCAACGGAGUACCCAUCUCUGAUGUUGAUGAGCCUCGGCGCACGGUCACCAAAGGCGCACUCAUCCUGACCGACGUGAAGUUCAGCGACACGGCCGUGUACCAGUGCGAAGCUGUCAACAAGCAUGGCAUCACCCACAUCAACACCUACAUUUAUGUCAUUGAGCUGCCUCCUCAGAUUCUGACAGAGGACAGGAGGAGCUACAUGAAGGUGGAGGGGAAGACAGCCAACCUGGAGUGCAAUGUUUUCGGUUCCCCUCGGCCUCAAGUGCUAUGGGAAGAUCCGAGGAUGGAGCAGGCCCAGUCCCACCCCAGGAUCUCUCAGACGGUGUACGGGUCCCUCAGGAUCACCGAUGUCAGUGCGGAAGACAGCGGCCUCUACACCUGCAGCAUCCUCAAGAGCAACCUGUCCAUCAGCGCCAUUCUGGAGGUCUUGAACAAAACAGAGAUCGUGAUCCCUCCAGAGGAUCAGACAGUGAAGAGUGGAGAUCACGCCACUUUGACGUGCAAAUUUCAGAUCGACCCACGUUUGGACAGAUCAAAUUUGCCAAAAUGGUUGAAAAAUGGCAAAGACAUAUCGGAAAGCGCAGAAAAUGACAAGUACACCAUUUUUCCGGAUGGUUCUCUCAAAAUCACCAGCGUAACUUUAGAUGAUGCUGGCAGCUACACCUGUAAGGUGACAACAUCUCAUGAUGAAGAAAAAGCCACUGCCACCAUUACUGUCGUGGACAAACCUUCUCCACCAAUUGAUUUGAAGAUAUUUGACCUGAAUGACCGAAGCCUCUCCCUGAGCUGGACCCCAGGGCGGGACAAUAACAGCCCUGUGACAGAAUACCUCAUCGAGAUGAACGAGGAACAACAUGGCGAUCGCCAUACAUGGGAGGAAGUGAAGCGUAUCGAAGCCGACGUCAACAAGCUUGAGAUCCCACUGCGACCGUACGGCACCUACCGCUUCCGCGUUGUCGCAGUGAAUGAGAUUGGAGGGAGCCGCCCGAGUCACGCCACAGAGCCCUACACUACUCCUCCAGCCAUUCCAGAACACUUCCCUAAACAUGUAAAGAGUGCAUCGACCGAGCCCGACAAACUGGUCAUCACUUGGGAGGAAAUGGACAAACGGAAUCAUUAUGGGCCUGACUUUAAGUAUAAAGUGUCCUGGAGACAGUCUGUGGGAAACGGACCUGAUUGGCACCACCAGGAGGUUUCAGACCACCACUUUGUGGUCAACAACACAAAGACCUUUACACCGUUUGAGAUUAAAGUGCAGGCUAUUAACAAUCUCGGCGAAGGCCCAGAAUCUCCACCUCGCAUUGGUCACUCCGGAGAGGACACCCCCACGGAAGCCCCCACGGGUGUCACAGUGUCCGAUCUGAAUGGCAUGUCCGCCUCUGUGAAGUGGAACCCUGUGAGUCGUGACUCUGUGCGCGGACAUCUCCUUGGAUACAAGAUUCACGUGACGAGAGUGGGGACGCAUGGCGCGCAGAGGCGCAGGAUGCUGGAGAUGGCGCUGCAGCUGGAGGGGCAGGUGGAGGUGGAGGAGGAAGUGGAGGAGCUGGACAGGAUGCUGGAGGUCCGCGGCGCCACGACCGAGCUGACUGUGACCGGCCUGCAGUUCUACUCCUCCUACGACCUGACUGUGACGGCUUUCAACAGCAAGGGAGACGGACCCCCCUCGGAGCCCUAUGCCUUUAAGACACCAGAGGGAGCUCCGGGGCCGCCCAUCUUCCUGGAGUUUGACAGCCCAUCUGAGUCCGAGCUCACCCUCCGCUGGCGUCCGCCACUCAAGCCCAACGGGAUUCUGACCGGUUACCGCCUGCAGUAUGGGGAGAUUGUGGAUGCAAAUGGCAGCGCUCCUCUGAUGCAAGACCAGGACAUUGGUGACGCCAAUAACACAGACAUUACAUUGACAAAGCUAAACCCCCAGCGAUACUACUACUUUUACCUGCAAGGCCGUACUAGCGCUGGACUUGGAGAGGCCGCCAAACUGAAGGGCGCCACCAUGCUGGAUGGAGUUCCUCCAACCAUCAUCAACGUGACUGUUGCUGACACCUAUGCCAACCUGAGCUGGGUGCCCGGCGAGAGACAUCGUAACAUCGGCUUUCGAAUCCACUUCCUCCAGAAGAGUGCUGGCAGAGAUUGGGAGCUUUCGGAACAGGUCAACACCCAUCAGGGCUUUUACCAGCUGACCAACCUACAGCCAGGGACUGACUAUCACCUGCGGGCCAUGCUCAACAACUUCACCUAUUGGGAGGGCAGUGCCCUGACCAGAUGGCGAGAGCUGUCUCCGAUGUCCAGUAACUUUGCGACUCAGGGCUGGUUCAUUGGCCUCAUCAGCGCCAGCCUGCUGCUGCUGCUCAUCCUGCUCAUCCUCUGCCUCAUCAAGAGGAGCAAAGGCGGCAAGUACUCAGUCAAAGAGAAGGAAGAGGGGCAAGGGGACUCAGAGGGAAGGCCCAUAAAAGAUGAAGCGUUCGGCGAGUACAGUGACAAUGACGAGAAGCGUACGAUGAGCCAGCCCUCUCUGUGCGUGGAGAGCAAGCUGGGGAGUGACGACAGCCUGGCGGAGUACGGCGACAGCGUGGACAUCCAGUUCAACGAGGACGGCUCCUUCAUCGGUCAAUACAGUGGCCGCCGGGAGGCCCCCAUCGUCCAGGGAGGCCCAGAGAGCUCUGGGGCCACCUCCCCCGUCAACAACAUGCCCCCGCAAAGUAUUAGUUUCAACAACUCCGUGACUGGCAUCCUGGACCGUUCGAAUUAGACAGGUGGUGGUGGUGGUGGUGGUGGUGAGACAACCAUGUAAUUCUCACACAAUUGUAUGACAGAACAAAAAGUUUGCCCCCUCGUGGUGAACUGAGGGACUGACACACACAAAACCCAUUGACUUUGACGUACCAAAAUGAUCCGAUGACACUGCCUGAGUCGCAUACAUUCUCACUCAACUCUCAGUACUCUGGGACUGACUGCCUGUAAGACAUAAAAAGGACUGCAUGUCCAUAAUUCCAUAAUUUUUACUGCCUGUGAUGCCAUUUCAAACUGACAAACUCAUAAAUCUGACACACACACACACACAGACACAAUCACUAACACGUACAGUUACUCACAUUCAGAUAAAGGGAAUACAUAAGUGACAGAUAGCCACAUUACAGCAUACCCAGUAGUUGAUGGACAUGACUUUUACAUGCAACAUUCCACCUUUGCAUAACUAAACGACAUAUCAUGCAAACAGUUUACAGGUCUCGCCUGUCUCUCUCCAAGUUUACAGACGUGUGUGAGUGGCCUCUUAAACCCCCUGUUGUUGACCUGCCCUCACUGCCUCCUUCUCAAAGUAGCCUGUCCACCCUAACCAGUUCUCACUGGAGGGACCCACAGUUAAGCAUAUAACCAAGUCUCUGUGUUUACCACUUGAUAGAAUAAAAGGACCAACUUAUGGGGGGCAGGACUUGGAUGCAGGGGGAGAUAGAAGGAGAAGCAGGUGGGGAGAGGAGAGGAGAGAGAACAAGCUGAGUUCUAUGGUUAACGCCGAGAUAUGUUCACGCUCAGAAGAACCAACCUGAAGACAGGGAUAAAGUUUAUACCUUAGGGAAUAGAAUGAGAGCAGUUUUCUUUCUUUCUUUCUUUCUUUCUUUCUUCCUUCUACUUUUCUUUCUAUCAUCCUUGUGUUGCCCAAAGAGUCUCCAUUUUGUUGCAUUGUGACAAAAAAAAAAACGCCAUUUACUGUCUGUUCUAAUUUAAUCAUAAUGCUAUUUUUGUUGGAUUUGUGCUUUUAUUUUUGUAGGAAUGAACAUAUAUCAUGUUGACAAUGUGAAUCGUUUUAUUACAAAGUAAUGUUUUUUUAUGCUAAGUGCUUUUUUAUUUAUAGCCUUUUAUUCACUUUGUUUUGUUAUUGUAUACAUUUUAUAUACGUGCGAAAAUACAGUGUGUAGCUUUCUUUACAGUGUGUCCUUUUGUGCCUAUAUGGAAGAUCCAGAAACAUUUUAAGCAUUAAUCAUGCAUAAAAUAAUACUUAAAAUAAUAAUCCGAUAUUUCCCUGCAUAAAUUGAACACAUAUUCCAUUACUAUUUGUGACUUAACUUUGAUUCUUCCAUACAGGUGUUGUAAUACUGCUUGUGAAACUUUUUUUUUUCAGGAUGUGUAAUCAUUUCAUCUUUGUCCGUGUACUGUUGCUAUCAUGAGUGGUGAUUUUUCUUUCAGUUGAAAUCACUGUGUUCUCUAUGCCAUAUCUAAAAAUGUCAGCCAAGGUGACGGUUAGCAAUACUCAGUAGUUGCUGCUGUACUCAUGACGAACUCUCAGUUUCUUUUCCAAAUGUCCUGUUGUUGUGCUAUCAUUCCUGAGCUAUCUCUCUUUUUAGUGUCCAUCGUUCAGUGUCUUGUGUGGCAUUUGAAACACCAGUGAAUGUUUACUCUCCUAAGUAUAUCGACCUGAGACUGCAGGCUAUCUCUUUCUUACUGCCCUGUAGUGCUGACGCAGUUACAGUAUUAAUACUGCCCUGUAGCGCAAAAGUAAUGUAUUGCCUUACAACGAAAUUUCAUAUGGCUACUAAUCCUUCUGAACGCUUCUGUCUUACUCACAACUUUAUUCGUUUGCAAUGUUAACAAACAUGCAUUUGCAUUUGUGUCAAGUCAAUCGCAGUGGUGCAGGUUCACAUUUAUGGACAAUGUACUAGUCAUUACACAUAUACAUGGAUGUCUGUCAGUCAAUACAUAUCGGGCUCUAUAGAGGCAACUGUGAUACUCCUGUUAAUACGUUUUUUUUUAGUCCACAUAAUAUUUCAGUCAUUAAGGUCGAACAAGUUUUAGUGUGAGAAAAUCUGGCUCCAUGCAAAACCAAUGGAAUUGCCUGUACUCAGUGAAAACAGGUGUCCCUUACUGUUAGCCAUGUUGAUUUUGUACAGUCUGAAUUUUUCAGCUCAUGACAACACCCCCAGAUCUAGUUUGGUUUUCAUUUCAAACAUGAUUUGAUCAAUGGCUGUGCGGCCUGGUUUUAGAGGGAAAAAAACGAUGGAAAAGACGGAAACUAAGAGAGAACAAGAUGAGGAGAGAGGAGAGAGAAUGAAAGAUGAAGUGUCACUUUUUUGAAUGUAAAUAAACCUUAAUGAUUGUCAUUUGACAUUUCGAUUAUUUUAUUGAAAUACAUUUCUUUUCUUAUUUUUUCUAUACCAACUCAUGUUUUUAGAACUUUAUUUAUAUUCUUGUGUCACCAGACAAUAUGAUUUUUUUUUGGCCUUGUAGUUGUCAAUAGACUCAUAGAAGAAUAGAAAAUAGUGAAAAAACAUACCCCCCCCCACCACCCCAAUCAUUUUACCAUAAAAGAUGAGUGAAAACAUCUCAAACAACUGUCAUGAACAAUUAAUAAUUAAAAAUGAUCAAAUGAGCCAAUGCUGAAUAUGAAUGAAGUGCAUUUUAUGCAAUGUCUUUUAUGAGUUCAGGGGGGGAAGAGAGAGCCUGCACUGAAUGGCAAGCCCAUGGUAGACCUUGUGCAGCAUGGGGAAAGAACCUUUACUGUAACAUAUUGGUUGUUUGACAGUACAUCCAUCUACAUGUCUGGCAUUAGGAGCAGCCAGGCCUUACACACAACUGUCCAGUGUUAUUGUAAGCCAUGCAAUGCAAAUGAUAAAUAUCCUGUACAGUACAUUGUUGGUAUAAUACUCUGCCUCAUGUUGCAUAGUGAUCCCUUCACCAAAGACCCACUGGUUACAGUCAGAUGCAUGAUAUAAAAAAAAACACCAUAGAGUCAGUCAAUAUGUAUGUAGCUCUCAAAGGCAUUUUAAAAUAUAUUUUCAUAUGAUGUGAAUUUGUUAUUCUGGACCUGUGGGUCUUUGGUGUAUACUUUCAACUCUGAAAGGGGCCAUGUGUUGAUCCAUGUGGGGUGCCCUUGCUGCUCUCGCUUCCCUUCCCGACAAAUGUUUUUUUUGGGUAUGUUGAUACUGUAUGUAACUUUCUUCCUAUUGCCGCCUUGUUUUUUGAAUAUAAAUACAGGAAAAAAAAAACAAUAAAAAAGGUUAGAAUUAAAAUUUUAAAGGAAUAAUAACAGCUUCUAUGAACCACAGAAACAAAAUGUCUGACAAGAGAUUACAGGGAUAGAGGGACUAAGACAGAGGCUGUGGUGAUAAAAAAGGGUUUUGGGGCAGGAAACUGGUGAUGUUGGCACAGCGGUAGUGAUUUACAGCAUGUGGAGAGGAACCAGUUUGUUGUGGGGAAAGGGGAUUGCAGACGGCCCAUUUGCCCCUGCAGGGUUGCAUCUAGGUAUGAUUGGCAUUCUACCUGCUUAUUGCAUCAUGUGCUGUAUCAAAAUACACAAUAAAAUAAAUGGAAUACGCAAACCCUCAAA